GCACUUCCACAUGCCCUUUAUUUGCAAGUUCAAAUACAACCCACGGGGUAAUCACGUGAGGCUGAGGGACGGUGAGGAUUGGAAAAUCGGGCAAGCAGGCUCAAUUCGGAGCAAUAAUCUAAAUAGAGCAGGGUGGAGGUUACAAGAUGAGGGAGCGCUCAUCUCUCCCUCUCUCUCUCCUUUUAGCUUCACAAAUAGUACUUUUCAAAAAGAGACCAAAUUCUUAGUGAUAUAUACUAGGCAUGUUUAGUUUCGGAUUUAUUUCAAAGAAUAAAUACAGUCCCGAACUGAAGCCUCAGUUACAACCAGCCGCAGCACCAAGAGGAACACCAUCUCACGGCCGUCCUUCGUGACCCUUCAACUCUUUCCAGAACUUCCGUCAUAGAGAUACUAAGGCCUAGAGCAACACUACCCUUCCGCCAUUGGAAGGCUUCUCGGCCUUUUGGCUAAGAAAGCAUUCUCACUUCUUACCAUCUGCUUCCGCUGAAGUAGCGGAAAGAAAGAGGAGGAGGAAGUAUUGAAAUCUGAUGUGGUAGGGGAGAAUAACACACUCGCCUGUCGGGAAACCCUACAGUGUGCCACUGGUUGAUGGAUAGGGAGAAGGGAUACUACAAUGGCCUCGUUCUAUUCCAUACCGGAAGUUCAACUUGUGUGCUUUCUUCCGUUUCCUCUAUGACCACCAGCUCUUCCUUCGUUUCCUUGCGCCCCCGAGUCUGCAGGUGGCGCUGCAAGCAGCAGUUGUUCAGGCUUCGGUCUCUGAGCGACCUGCUUUGUGCUUAUUCCGUCGUCAUCACGUAUGUGUCUGGCGCCGGCUGUGUUGGCUUUGCGAGAGCGGCUCGGACCGCAAAGCGUUGGCUGAGCUUGAGAGUCUGGGGACACGUGGGGAGCUGUAGCCGUUGGCUUUCUCUGCUCCCCCCGCUCCUCCGUGGGGCGGGGGGUUAACCGACGCCGUCACCAUGGUGAAGGAGCAGUUCCGCGAGACGGAUGUGGCGAAAAAGAUAAGCCACAUCUGCUUUGGGAUGAAGUCUCCAGAAGAGAUGCGUCAGCAGGCUCACAUCCAGGUGGUUAGUAAAAACCUAUACAGUCAAGAUAACAAUCACUCUCCUCUACUCUAUGGUGUACUGGAUCAUCGAAUGGGUACAAGUGAAAAGGACCGUCCAUGUGAAACUUGUGGAAAAAACCUGGCAGAGUGUUUGGGACAUUAUGGCUAUAUCGACCUGGAGUUGCCUUGUUUCCAUGUGGGAUACUUCAAAGCUGUGAUAGGCAUUUUGCAGAUGAUUUGCAAGACUUGUUGCCGUAUCAUGCUGACCUUUGAAGAACGUAAACAAUUUCUGGAUUAUCUGAAGAGACCUGGCUUGACCUACCUCCAGAAACGAGGCUUGAAAAAAAAAGUCUCUGAAAAGUGCAGGAAAAAAAACACUUGCCCAUAUUGUGGGGCUUUUAAUGGUACUGUGAAGAAGUGUGGUUUACUGAAGAUAAUCCAUGAGAAAUAUAAGACCACUAAGAAGAUUGUGGAUCUUGUUGUGUCUAACUUCAUACAGUCCUUUGACACUGCCAUAGAACAUAACAAAGAAAUUGAAUCCUUGCUAGGAAAAGCCCAGGAGAACUUGAAUCCGUUAGUGGUGUUGAAUCUUUUAAAGAGAAUUCCUGCAGAAGAUAUUCCUCUGCUUUUGAUGAACCCUGAAUCAGGCAAGCCUUCUGACUUGAUCUUGACACGACUCUUGGUUCCCCCGCUGUGCAUCAGACCCUCUGUGGUGAGUGACUUAAAAUCUGGCACCAAUGAGGACGACUUGACAAUGAAGCUGACAGAAAUAAUUUUCCUCAAUGACGUGAUCAAAAAGCAUAGAAUAUCGGGAGCCAAAACCCAGAUGAUAAUGGAGGACUGGGAUUUCCUGCAAUUGCAGUGUGCCUUAUACAUUAACAGUGAACUCUCUGGCAUUCCUCUGAACAUGGCACCCAAGAAGUGGACAAGAGGCUUUGUUCAAAGACUGAAGGGCAAGCAGGGUCGGUUUAGAGGAAAUUUGUCUGGAAAGCGAGUGGAUUUCUCUGGCAGGACAGUUAUUUCACCUGAUCCAAACUUACGAAUUGAUGAAGUUGCUGUUCCUGUUCAUGUUGCCAAAAUACUAACAUUUCCUGAGAAGGUCAACAAAGCUAACAUUGAUUUUAUGAGGAAACUUGUUCGGAAUGGUCCAGAGGUUCAUCCCGGAGCCAAUUUUAUUCAGCAGCGGCACACACCAAUGAAAAGGUACUUGAAAUAUGGAAACCGUGAGAAGAUGGCUCAGGAGCUGAAGUAUGGUGAUAUUAUAGAAAGGCACCUCCAUGAUGGAGAUAUAGUCCUGUUCAACCGGCAACCCUCUUUACACAAACUAAGCAUCAUGGCUCAUAUCGCGAGAGUAAAACCCCAUCGGACUUUCAGAUUUAAUGAAUGUGUCUGUACACCAUACAAUGCUGACUUUGAUGGUGAUGAGAUGAAUCUUCAUCUUCCUCAAACUGAAGAAGCCAAAGCAGAAGCACUUGUUCUGAUGGGGACCAAAGCAAAUUUGGUAACACCAAGAAAUGGAGAACCUCUUAUUGCUGCAAUCCAGGAUUUCCUUACAGGUGCCUACCUCCUCACACUGAAAGACACUUUUUUUGACCGAGCUAAAGCUUGUCAGAUUAUUGCUUCUAUCCUGGUUGGCAAGGAUGAAAAAAUUAAAGUUAGUCUUCCAUCUCCAGCAAUUCUUAAGCCUGUAACCUUGUGGACAGGAAAGCAAGUCUUCAGUCUCAUACUUAAGCCUAGUGACAGUUGUUCUGUCAAGGCCAACCUGCGAACCAAAGGAAAGCAGUAUUGUGGCAAGUCAGAAGACUUGUGCAGUAAUGAUUCCUAUGUUUCAAUCCAUAAUAGUGAGCUGAUGUGUGGCAGCAUGGACAAAGGAACUUUAGGGUCUGGGUCCAAGAACAAUAUCUUCUACAUUUUGCUGAGAGACUGGGGGCAAGUGGAAGCAGCUGAUGCUAUGUCACGACUUGCAAGGCUUGCUCCUGUCUACCUCUCUAACCGGGGAUUUUCAAUUGGAAUUGGUGAUGUAACCCCAGGACAGGGGCUGCUGAAGGCAAAAUAUGAACUUCUAAAUGCUGGUUAUAAGAAAUGUGAUGAAUAUAUUGAAGCUUUGAAUACUGGCAGGCUGCAGCAGCAGCCUGGUUGUACAGCAGAAGAGACACUAGAGGCUCUGAUCCUGAAAGAGCUGUCUGUGAUUAGAGACCAUGCUGGCAGUGCCUGUCUCAGAGAACUGGAUAAGAGUAACAGCCCCCUCAUCAUGGCUCUUUGUGGUUCAAAAGGCUCCUUUAUUAAUAUAUCCCAGAUGAUUGCCUGUGUAGGACAGCAGGCAAUCAGUGGGUCACGUGUGCCUGAUGGCUUUGAAAACCGGUCCCUGCCUCAUUUUGAGAAGCAUUCCAAGCUUCCGGCAGCUAAAGGUUUUGUUGCCAAUAGUUUCUAUUCUGGCUUGACACCGACGGAGUUUUUCUUCCACACAAUGGCUGGUCGUGAAGGUCUAGUUGAUACAGCUGUAAAAACAGCUGAAACGGGAUACAUGCAGAGACGAUUAGUGAAAUCACUUGAAGAUCUUUGCUCACAGUAUGAUUUGACUGUCAGGAGUUCUACUGGUGACAUUAUACAGUUCAUUUAUGGUGGGGAUGGUUUGGAUCCUGCGGCCAUGGAAGGGAAAGAUGAACCUCUGGAGUUCAAGCGUGUCCUGGACAACAUCAGAGCAGUGUAUCCUAGCCGAAGUGAGCCAGCUCUUAGUAAAAAUGAAUUGGUGUUAACUGCUGAAUCCAUCAUGAAGAAGAAUGAAUUCCUUUGUUGCCAAGACAGCUUUCUACAGGAAAUUAAGAAGUUCAUCACAAGUAUGUCUGAAAAGAUCAAGAAAACCAGGGACAAGUAUGGCAUUAAUGACAAUGGCACAACAGAGCCUCGUGUGUUAUAUCAGUUAGACCGGAUUACUCCAACACAGCUUGAGAAAUUUCUGGAGACCUGUAGAGAGAAGUAUAUGAGAGCGCAGAUGGAGCCUGGCUCUGCAGUGGGAGCUCUGUGUGCUCAGAGCAUUGGUGAACCUGGCACACAGAUGACUCUGAAAACCUUUCACUUUGCUGGUGUUGCCUCCAUGAACAUCACAUUGGGAGUGCCAAGGAUCAAAGAGAUCAUCAAUGCCUCCAAAGCCAUCAGCACACCAAUUAUCACAGCACACCUCGACACAGAUGAUGAUCCAGAUUUUGCCCGUUUGGUUAAAGGAAGAAUAGAGAAAACACUACUGGGAGAGAUUUCAGAGUACAUUGAAGAAGUUUUCCUUCCUGAUGACUGUUUUAUUCUUGUCAAGCUUUCAUUGGAACGGAUUAGAUUGCUUAGACUGGAAGUUAAUGCAGAGACGGUGCGGUAUUCUAUUUGCGUCUCAAAGCUGAGAGUGAAGCCUGGGGAUGUGGCUGUUCAUGGUGAGGCUGUUGUGUGCGUUACUCCCCGUGAGAAUAGCAAGAGUUCAAUGUACUAUGUCUUGCAGUACCUUAAAGAAGAACUACCAAAAGUGGUUGUGCAAGGUAUCCCAGAAGUGUCUCGUGCUGUUAUUCAUAUUGAUGAGCAGAGUGGAAAGGAGAAGUUCAAACUGCUAGUAGAAGGUGACAACCUGCGAGCUGUCAUGGCCACACAUGGUGUCAAAGGCACAAGGACUACUUCGAACAACACUUAUGAGGUUGAGAAAACCCUGGGAAUUGAGGCAGCUCGAACCACCAUUAUCAAUGAGAUCCAGUACACGAUGGUAAACCAUGGUAUGAGCAUUGACCGGAGACAUGUAAUGUUGCUGUCUGACCUAAUGACAUACAAGGGUGAAGUUCUGGGCAUUACUAGGUUUGGGUUGGCAAAAAUGAAGGAGAGUGUGUUGAUGCUUGCAUCCUUUGAAAAGACAGCAGACCAUCUCUUUGAUGCUGCAUACUUUGGGCAGAGAGAUUCAGUGUGUGGUGUCUCUGAGUGCAUCAUUAUGGGUAUCCCAAUGAACAUUGGCACUGGACUUUUCAAGCUGCUGCAUAAAGCUGACAAGGAAGCAAAUCCCCCAAGAAGGCCCUUAAUUUUUGAUAACCCUGACUUUCAUAUUCCCCUUACCACGUAGCAGCUGGACAGUACUGAACAGCAAGCAGAUGGUAUAUUUAAACUGAUAUAUAGUUGCUGCAUGCCUCUCUAAGUAGGGUUAAGAGGCUGGCUGAGUGAGAGAUCAUGAUGUGAGCAACUGAUCUGCCACUGGUGCAGGCAGUUACUGUUUAUAUAUUUAAUGCACAGUAAAUUUUCGUUUACUGCUCA